AUGGCGCAGGACGAUGAAAGGCUGGGCCUAACCCCCGAGCAACUCACCUUCUUCAACGAAAAUGGCUACCUCCUCAUACCCGACGCGAUCUCGCCCGACACCGUAAACCAGCUCCUCGCAGACACCAAAACAAUGCUCGACGACUUCUCGCUAGCCGACCACCCCAUGACCAAAUUCUCGACCGGCGGCGAGGACGGCGCAACCCACGUCGGCGACGCGUACUUCCUCGAAAGCGGCGACAAGAUACGCUUCUUCUUCGAAGAAGACGCCUUCGACCCCUCCGGCACCCUCACAAAGCCCAAACCCCGCGCCAUCAACAAAAUCGGUCACUACCUGCACGAACUCGCCCCUUCCUUCCGCGCCAUGUCCCUCUCCGCCCGCAACGCCGCCAUCGCCCGCUCGCUCGGUUUCCGCGACCCGCGCGUCCUGCAAUCCAUGGUCAUCUGCAAGCAGCCCGAGAUUGGCGGCGCGGUGCCGCCGCACCAGGACUCGACGUUCUUGUAUACGGAUCCCCCGUCGGCGGUGGGGUUCUGGUACGCGCUGGAGGACUGCACGGCGGAGAAUGGGUGUCUGAGUUUCGCGGCGGGGAGUCACAGGCGGGAGCCGAUUCGGAAGCGGUUCGUUAGGACGGGCGAGAAGGGUGCGGAGGGUACGGGGUUUGUGGAUAACGAGGGCGCGAAGUUUCCGAGGGAUCUGCAGACACAGGAGAAUGGGGAGCAGAAGGAGGAGGUGUAUACGAUGGGGGAGGUCAAGGCGGGCACGCUGGUGCUGAUUCAUGGCAACAUCUUGCACAAGAGUGAGAGGAAUACGAGUGGGAAGAGCCGGUUUAUAUACACGUUCCACCUCAUCGAGGGCGAGGAGAAGUAUGAUGAGAGGAAUUGGCUGCAGCCGCCGGCCAAGGGGUUCUCAAGAUUAUAUUCACAGUAA